AUGAUCUCCAUUGCUCAAAACCAACAUUACCAUAAUUACUCCUGUAUUGAUAGAGUUGGUCUUGGUGGUGGCCUUAUUCUUAUGUGGAAAGAUGGUAUAACUUGCGAUAUUGCUAGCACUGCUGAUAACAUUAUUCAUGCCCAUGUGAAGCUAGACCCUAGUAAGCCUGAGGUUUUAUUUUCUUUCAUGUAUGGCUCAACCUAUACUGAUCCCAAGAAGAAACAAUGGAAUUUCAUUUAUGAAUUCAGUGAAGUUGUCUACCAACCUUGGUUGGUCCUAGGUGAUCUAAAUUUCCAUCUUGAUAAAAAUAAAUGUAGUUCUGACACUUGGGUUCAAAAUAGGGUUAGAGAUGCAGGUUUAGAUGAUAUAGGUUAUGAAGGAAAAGAUUAUACUUGGACCAGUAAUAUUUAUGGCACUGGUACUAGGAAAGCUACGCUAGACAUGGGUUUAGGAAAUCCUGACUGGUUUUUAAAUUUCCCUCAAACUAAAGUUUUCCAUUUAAAUCACAUUGCUUCUGAUCACUGCCCUGUCCUUCUAGUUACUAAACAACAGGCUCCUUCCUCAGUUGAUCAAAAUGUGAGAGUUAAAGCCUUAACUCAUGAUCUAGAAAACUGGUAUAAAAUUCAAACUAGUUUCUACAAGAAAAAAUCCAGAGACAAGCACAUACUUGAUAUGGAUAACAACACUAGAUACUUCCACUCUCUAGUGAAUAAGAGACUCCAUAGAAAUAAUAUUAAUGCACUUCUUUAUAAUAAUGAUAACGGGUGCAAAGAUAGAGACUCUGUUAGUAACCUUCUCACAUAUCAUUGUAGCUUCAUUGCUUGUACUAGUAAUCAUGUUUUGCAUUAUAAUGAUUUCAAUAAUGUUUUUCAUGUCAUUACUGAUGUUGAUAAUAUGGCUUUGCUCUCUAUUCCAUCUUCUGAAGAGAUUAUAACUCUUGUUAAAUCUAUGUAUGCCUGGAGCUCCCGAGGCCCUGAUAGCUUUCAAGCUGGUUUCUACCAAUCUCAACGGCCCAUUGUAGGUAAAGAUGUAACUGACGUUGUUCAAAGUUUUUUUGAAACUGGUUUCAUGCCUAAGCAUCUUAACCAAACUUAUAUUUGCUUAAUUCCUAAAGUGAAAGAACCUAAGAAAGCUAGUGAUUUCAGACCUAUUGGUCUAUGUCAUGUAAUUGUUCACACUAUGAAGCAUAAAGAGGGUGUUAGUGGGAUUAUGGCUUUGAAAUUAGAUCUUUCUAAGGCUUUUGAUAAGUUGGAAUUCCCUUUAUCUUGA